CCUUUUAGGUAUUCGAAAUGUCGGUUUGUGAGAAUUAUAAAAGUAUGGAAGCGCGUGGGUGAAAUAAAUGUGUAGUUAAAAUAUGUGAAGUGACAUUCAAAUUACGUGAAUUUAUAUGGAUUUUCGUCAUCUUCUGUCAUAUUUUCCAUCUUUUGCCAGCUUUCUACCCUGAGAUUAUCUGGAGGAUCAUCUGUUGAACAGACCAGCCGACACCCGAGACAGAUCUGACCAUGACAGGGUCAUUUGGGUGUGAUACAGCGGCGGUACGACAUAUCCUAAGAUAGCAAGCGGUUUCUUUGCAUAGAGGAGGACUUACACUGAAGUCGAUGGUCUAUUGUGUAAGACCACCCAAUUUGUCUACCGUGCCAGUAGAUUGUGCCACCCUUCUAGAUGGUGGAUGUGUGUAAACACUUGCAUGUUUUGACGCUGUUCAGUGGGAUAGCCAACCCUAACUCAUGGCUGGUGUGAGGUAGACUUUGUUCCAGUUCCAGAGAAGUAGAAUAGUCUACAGAAGAGGAUCUGUAGUUGACAGAACAUUUCCGUUAGACUGUAUUUAUUUGUGUGUUGUGAGUGUGAGAUUGAAAAUAAUCCACGAUCACGAUGGCAAAACCAAUCACUUUUAUCCCAACGACCUCAACCAAAUUUGGAACUUCGACCACCCAUGGAGGAACCACCACUAAUACGGAACCUGUCACAUCCAUUACUACCCAAGCAGACAGUUCGAGCGUUUUUGGAGGUUUUGUAUAUAUUGUGAUAGCAGUUGUCGCAACAGCUGUCAUUUUAUCGAUACUUGUUGUGCAUGUACGUCGUAUAUCACGGGAGAGGGCACUGAGGAAGGCACGGAAGAGGGCAAUUUCCUUCCAGGCGAGGUCGAGUGAUAUUCCGAAGAGUACGUGUACAGUCCAGAAGACGAUUGGUGAUUUACAUUAUGAAACAGAUGAUAUAAGACUGCAUAUAAAAGGAGAUGAUAAAUACGAAGGAAUAUACGAUAAAAAAAAAUGUUCAAUUAUCCUCGAUCACAAUUUAUACAAAAAUGAAAAUAACAGAGAUAUGUUUGGGAGAUCGUGGGAUUUCAGAAAACCGCUAUCGUCAUUGAAAGAUCAAAUUCAUAUUAAUGAAACCGGUGUCAGUGUAGCUUUCAGUAAAAACUCAAACCAAUACGAACAGGAAUUGAAGUUUAAUGUCUAUUGUAGUAUUCAUGAAAAUUUCAAGGUUCUUGCAUCAAAGUUGAAUAUAAAAAACUAUCAAAUGCUAGUCUCGCCAGUUGCAGAACUAGCUUUAUCAUAUAAAACACACUUGCAUGGUCAUGUAAUAUUAGAAUUACCGCUAUGCAAAUUUGAAACAUUUUCGUCCCUGGGAGUCCACUGGAUUUCAACGCCUCUGACAACAUUUGCGACUGUGAAAGAUAUCCCAUAUGAGAAGGACCCUACAUCGUCAAGUUUGGAUUGUUUUUACACGUUGUCGGAUAGUGGUACUGUCAGGGUGUACACAAAUCAUUUCUCUCUGUUCUUCUGCACGUGCUGUAAAUCUGAUAUCCGAUUCGAACUCUUGGCACAAACAUGUGCUCGUGUUGGUGUGAUUGACGGAUACCCUACAUUGCAAAUUAAACUGUUUUUCCAAGGAUUGCAGAACAGGUUGAAAAAGCGAGAGGAAAAUGAAAACGAGCUCGAUAAGAAGAAAGGAUUCAAUGUGAUCGAAGGUGGUGAAAUCCAUUUGCUGAAGAAACCAAAUUCAAAGACGAAAAGCGGAUUUCUAAAGUGCAGGCUAUCAACACUGAUGGAAGAGAGAUGCCCUAAGUGGGAACACAUAAAACGAGGGGAGGAUCAAUGUCCAAUUUAUCAGCCUGAGCAGGUAGUGGAUGUUGCAGAACUGAUCAGAUGCUGGCACAAAGAUCACGAACUGUGUUACUGUAUCAACUGGUAUCUGAAAUGUGAGAAGAGGUACUGCCAUAGAUUACCAAUUGUCAUCGAUGUGGAAAACACCCGUCAUUUAACUAAAAGUGAUAAGAAAAUUCAAACAACCUUCACAAUGGAAGUCGACAUCAACACUGGGCUGAACAGGUUUCAAGAUCCUAUACGGAAUUUGAUAGAUAGCCUUGGGCAUGACAAAAUGCGACGACUUCUCGACGUACUGGAGUUGAGAUCAAUCCAAGAGAGAGGAAGAGUUGAAGAUGAGAAAGAGCAAUGGUAUGAAACGCUAUCAGCAGUCCGAACCGAUCCAAAUGUCUCACUAAGAUUGGGUAAUGCCAUGGCAACGGUGGGUGUGGAGUUGUGUGAUCAAAACAUAAUAGGCCUUAUCAAUGCUGAAAGUGGGCACGAAAACCAACGUGUGGCUCGUAAUGAACUGGAACACUCGUAUGACUGCCCAGAAACAAUCUCCACCGGAAGUGGUUACGCAAAAGUGAAUUCACAUUUUGCUACAAAUAUCAGAAAUCCAGAAUCCACAUAUCUAUCGCUCAAUAGCGUCGCCAAUGACAGUGUCAGAAGCAGAAGAUCACAACUACAACCACCACGUCACAAAACUGUCUUUCUCGAAAGCAGCACAUCGAGUUAUGCACUGACUAGUACUUCAGGUCAUGCACAUGACGAAGGUGCAACAGCAAGACCGAUCAUUUACUCUGAAUCGAAAGAUAAGCAGAAUCAUGUCAUUGCAGACCGUCCUUCCCCUAUAGGGGGCUACAACGACUCGGAUGGAACAAAUAGGAAAGAAAUUAUUGACAGUGACUCGGAUGAAACAAAUAGGAAAGAAAUAGUUGACAGUGACUCGGGAGGUACACAUAGGAAAGAAAUAGUUGACAGUGGCCAAACGUAUACAAAGUCAACAGUGUCAUUAGGUGUCACACAACCAGAAACCAUGGAAGAGUUUUCUGGUUGGUGGGUUUAGUGUGAAAGUAACAAAAUGUGUGAUAUGUCUCCGUAGAAUGAUACAGAAUUUAUUUUCAGUGUAAAACGUUACUUUUCACCGGUUGAAAAUGUUAAUAGUGGAGGCCUUUUGACAUUUCUAAACUAAUAAAGACUUAAAGGUAUACAUGACAAAUCAUAAAGCUUUGAUGGAGGGCAGGCGCAGUCGUAGAUAUGGUACAUGCAGUAGAGAAUAUAUAGGUCAGGGUCCAGAGUACUGGCCAGAGGACUGUUCUCCUCAUAUUCACAGACUGUCGCUAGACAAGAUGUAUAUUCGUCCUACUAGGCAACUCUGUGCAGUAUUAUAAUUAUAUCAGUUUUAUUUACAGAUUAUUGUAAUUGGUGUACAUAUUGUAUAUUAUACAAUCUGAUUUACACCGAACAUUUCACAGUUAUGUCAUAUUGUAUAAAAUUGAUUUUUGCAAAAACAUAUUGUUGUUAUCUUGUUUUAGUAAUUUUACACAUAGUUCGUAAAACAUUAAGUAAAACGAACUUUUUAUGUGUAACAAUUUGUGAAAUACUGCACAUUUUCAUAAUAUGAAUUGCCUGUAGAUUUUUUGUUGAACUGGAUUGUGUUUAUCUGUUUUUAUUGUUAGUUUUUAAUAAUGUAUGUUAUGUAAUGAUGUAUACCGUCCAUGUUUCAGAGUAGAGCUAUUUGAAAUUACUCACAUGGUUUCCUGCUUACAUUUCAUAAUUGUUUCAAACUAAACAUAUCAAUAAAUAAAGAUUGGCGUUGGUUACGCAUGCUAUAGAGCUGGU